AAUGAGUGGGAAAAGGGUUUGAGUUGUUCGGCGAAGCUUGUUAAUUUUGAUCGUGAUGAAAGGAAGGGCGCAUGAAAGAUAAGGUGUAUGAUUUGAACAUUUGUUGCGUGCAAAUAUGGUCCACUGUGUAUUAUUCUUUGAAACGGAAUACAAAUAUGCUACUAAACGAGUCCAUCGUUGUAUCUGUAAUUCCUUCUACUUGCUAAAUGAGUUGUGGAUAUAUAAAUAAAGAUAAAUCGCUGAACUCCCAGUUAAAUGCAUUUUAGAAAGGACACUAGGCCAGCUUUCCACGACGAUUGUGCACCUGCCCGUCUAGUUAGGGGUUGGUUUCUGAGAAACGACACCACUGUACUCGGUCAUAUUUUCGAGUUCAACUAUACCUGGCCCUUUCGAGGUAAAACGGGUCAAAGCAGGUGUAUUAACUGCGCCUGUGUUUUUUCUACAGGCGGCCAGAAGCCUCUGUGUAGGUUAUGACUCGAGAACUUCAUUAAGUCAUUGUCACUUGAACUGCACGAUCCUAGACAUGUACCUCUGCUGUUAAUGUACAGUAGUUACGCGAUAUCUUCAACGGGCAGAAAAUACUUUUCAGGCGCUGAGAAUUAGUUACAGGCACACAAGAAUGCUUCGUGCUAUUCUUUUGUUGAAGGCUUUUUCAGGGACAUGACACAAGAAGUCGGAUAUAUGUAAUGUGUUUGCCCGUAAUAGUGGUUAGCAACCCCGGCGGGACAGACACUGGCAGUUGUAAGUGUAAGCACAACUAUACGGUAAAGAGAUAUUCCCCCACGAGCUAUAGUCAGUAAAUCGAUCUGAGCUGCUUCGACUUGACAACCAUGACCCAAAGUGACGAAGCUGAGCUGACCAGCCAGAAGGCUGGUAGGGGUGUGAUCCGAGGCGACCCGUCCCCGGGCCGACAACUCCUGCUCCUGACCGUGGCUGUACUGAUUGUUGGGAUCGUGGCUAUCCUCGCAAUCAUUUUGGCAGCUGUCUCUCUGGGCCGACCCAGUGCACCUGUAACCACUAAUGUGCAGGUGCCAUCCGGGGGCUCGAAUACAGGUUCCUCUAGUGUGGACGACCCCAAUAAAAUCUGGGUUUUUGCCAUCGGGCAUGAUGGCACCAAUUUGGAGUACAUAGAUGAUCUCAGUGGAACAGUGAGGGGUUUCCAUGUUGAUAUCAUCGAGGCUGUUUGCAGUGCGGGGAACAAGAACUGCAGGUUGAUGUGGGAUGUGUACGAGAACUGUUACUCCCAACAGCCAAACAAGCGACCCCGCCCAGGGGUGGGGCUUGUCAGCCGAUGGUACGAUGCUUGCACAGGCUGGUUUGCCACCUACGAACGGACUGCCUCGGUGGCUUUCACGAAGCCGUUCCGUAAACCUCUAAAAGCAGUGUUCUUCGUGAAACGGGGCAACCCGCUGAACUUCGACAGCACAAAUCUUACCGGCAAGAAAAUUGCCUUCCUGGACGGACACGCAUCCAACAUAUUCUGCGUUCAAAGAGCUGGUAUCACGGGAGUCAAUCAGAUAGCGCAGAUUGUACAUUAUCAGACAAGAGAGGAAGUGGUUGAAAGUGUAAACAACGAACAGGUCGACGCCGUAUUUGCAAACGACCAGAUCUUUAAUCUUGACACUGACUUGGACGUAGCAUCCGGAACCCCCAUCUCGACCUGUAUGCAAGAUGGCGCCGGCAUGAUGGUCCGUAAGGAUAGUCGCUUGCCUGAUUGGUGGAACCCGGCCUUCGAUCAGCUGAAGCAAACGUCACAGUACAGAGAUAUUUGUACGUCAAUCCUGGAAAAUCACGAUCAAUCGGCCCAUGAAGUGGACUGUGUUUAUUGAUUAGCCCGCCGUUACAAGGGCCACGGUAACCUAUCGCCUGCCUUUCAUCAUCUGCUGUUUACAUGCAAAGAAUGUUGGUCAAUCAAAGUAGUGUUUGUUGACGUUCACUGUACCCUUCAAGACAACGAUUUCACUAGAGUGCUCUACAAGUCAUGGCCUGAUCAUGAUUACAUUCACUUCAAUCAUUAAAAAAUGGCAUAAUACAAUAUAUAUUUACAGUUAACUCGUUUGUUUAUUGUGUAAACAUUAUCUGGUUCUGUUGUCUUCAAUACUCUAUGCAAUCGUAUAUAUUUUUUCUUAACAUGUUUAGCUCUUUAAGCUGUCUACAUUUUGAUUUCUUUUUACAUAUGCCGUUGUAUGUACAAUAUGAUAUGAUAGCCCACAUUAAUACAAAAUUGCUUGAUAAUUCGGCAAACAAUUCUGGAUUUACUUUUUCUUCACCGGAAGUCCACGCCCCCAUUAUAUUGUUUUACAAAAUCACAGCCUAGUCUACGUACAAACCAUUUCCAGUUACCAACCGAAUUUCACCCCCAUUACUGCCGCUUAAAUUUGCUUUUUCAAGUGCCGAAUUUGAUCAUAAUUAUAGAAGAUUAUGUUGCCUGGUUGUGUUCGUAUUCAAUCUACAGUUUGUCUUUUGAGACGACUUGCUUUGUGUCCUUAUAACUUACAAAGACUGUGAAAAGAUUUUGUAAGUUUCUUCUGUGAUUGCGUAUAGGCCUACUAGAAGUCAGGGAAUAUUGGUGUAUUUUGUAGACUAAUUGUGUUAAUUCUAUUAACUGUAGACAAGAACAACCAUGUUGAUGUCCAGUCCUUUGAAUACUAUUUCGUUGAAUAAAUCCUAAUUUUGUUAUGAUACGGGCAGAUCGAGGCAGAUGAAACUUUCGCUGAGAUGGGGCCAGUACGUGGUACCAUCAUAAUCUUGAAACGCUUAUUACUGGGACUAAACCGCACGAGCACCACCCGUCAGUAGUCUCGCGUUGCUCAAUUUCGAAUUAUAGCCAGGCCUUGUGUUAACUUUUUCCUGGCUAGCCCACUGGGCAAGUUCAGUGGAUAUUUUACUAGCCCGUUUAGAGUUUUACUAGCCCGUAUAUAAAAAAAUGUUAAAACCCUGAAAUUUGUUAUCAGCUUACCAAUACAGAAUUUGACAUUUC